AUGAAGAAUGUGAGUUUAAUCUAUCUUGCAUGCUUUCCAAAAACAUUUUCAAAAAUUCAAGAUAGCAACUGUGCCAAGCACUCUUUUUGGCUCAACAACAUUCAUGUUUCGAAGUGUGGUUGAAGAUCAGGGAAAAGUUGUGUUCAUAUGUCUCAUAACAGUUUUAUUCUCAAUUUUACCUGUAGGGUUAGUGAUUUUGCUGGAAAAUAUCAAAUUUUCUCCAUUUUUUUACAGAUAUCAUAUGGUGAUGUUGAAUGUACCAGAAAAAGUGAUUCAGAAGUUUAUGUGGCAACACUAUGAAACAUUUUUCGGUGUCAAUUUGUCUGAAAACAAUAAAAGUAUAAUUUGGUCAAUAACUGUUUCAUCACAAGGUGUUGGCGCAUUAAUCGGUUGUUUAUUGGUGUCCAAUUUAUCCCAAUAUGGUGCAAAACAUGUUCUAAUGUGUAUCAAUAACAUAAUUCUAUUAUCUGGAUCCCUUCUCAUGUUUAUUUCAUAUUGGAUCGCAUUUCCUCCUGCAUUUAUACUAGGAAGAAUUCUAACAGGAAUUUACACUGGUUUAGCUUGUGCCUUCGCACCGAUCUAUUUACAACAAAUUGUUCCAAAGAACAUCAAGGUGAGUUGAUUUUCAGUCAUAUCAAACACCAUUUUGUUCAGGGUUCAAUGAGUUGUUUCCUUCACAUUGCGGUAUGUUUUGGUUCUUCAAUUGGUGCCAUUUUCUCACUUCCAUUCAUGUUUGGAAGUGAAACCACCUGGCCGAUUCUAGUUAUGAUUCCGUCGAUUUUCGGUGUCGCAAUAUUUGCGGCAUCAAAAUGGGUUCCAGACACGCCCAACAAUUUACUUCAAAUGGGAAAAUAUUCGGAGGCUAUAGAAAGUAUCAGAUUCUAUUAUGAUAUUGAUGAUGAAGAUGAGGAUGAGAUAAUUCGAGAAUAUUGGGAUAUGAUUCCAGAGAUGCCUGAGCAAUUAUCAUUAUAUGCAGCGUGGGCUAAUCCAGCGAUUAGAAAGGGUAUUAUACUUGGACUUAUUGUAAGUGGAACACAGGUUUUCUCUGGAUCAAUGGUUUCAAUUUCAUAUUCUACAGAGUGAGUUUUUCGUUGUCAUAUUUUUUCAAAGCAAAUUCGAAAUUUCCAGAAUGUUUGAAGCUGUGAGUUUCAUCGACACAUUGGUUCCAUUCCUUCCAGCUUUAGGAUCAAUCAUAUCAAUAAUUCUAACAAUCCCAGCUCUUCGAUGGGUCGAAACACGUGGCCGCCGCCCACUUCUCCUCAAAACCCUUCUAUUUUGCAUUGUUGCCAACAUAUUUUUCCUCGUCUUCACAUUAAUUUCACAAAAUGGCGCCGAUUGGGCGUCUUGGGGAUUCGCUGUCGCAUUUUUCCUAUACGGCAUCGGAUAUAAUCUAGGUGUCGGACCAGUUGCAUACUUCCUACCUGCUGAAUUAGUUCCACCUGAAGCAGCUGGAGCAAGUCUAGGCUCUGCAGUUGCAGUCAAUUGGAUAUGUACCAUAACAACAACCUUGUUUUACUAUCCUUUGAGUAAAUCAAUCGGAGGAUGGAGUUAUCUAAUGUUCAUUAUACCAACGUGAGUUCAUUUGAAAAAUUAUUGAAAUAUAUCUGAUUAUGUUUCAGAUCACUAUGUGUGAUAGUUUUAUGGAGAUUCUUACCGGAAACCAAAUUCUACUACAAAAUGGAUCCUUUGGAAGUUCGAUUAUUGACCGAUCUUGGACCAUCGAUAGGAGGAAACAAUUAUGGAACUUUGGAUAUUAAUGAGCCAACGCUUUUCUGA